AUGGAACGGCUAUGCGUCGAAGUUCUCCAGCUCAUUUUCUUCGAGCUCGUUGACCCAAGCCCUCUGACUCUGGUGUCUCGCCGGCUCUACUCGUUCUCCCAGGACCCUUAUGUUCGGGCCCGCUACUUUCUCGCUCACUAUGGGCCGGCGGAGGCCAUGUUUCAGGCUUUGGGUCGAGGAAAAUUGCUCACCGAGCGGGUUAUCGAUAUUCUCCUAUCAAGCGGUGCACACCUGUCCAGAUAUCUCGUCCAAAUAGCAAUGCACCAUUACUUUCAUACACAAACCCAUUUCAUUCGGACGCCUUGGGUCCGAAAUGUCCCCUUCGGAGUAUUCGUGUAUUUUAUGCAGAAGGCACAUGCGAAGUAUGGGGAUAUCCCAAGAGGCAAGGGAGAAGAUGAUGGUUCCCUCUUCAUGACCUUCCUCAAGGAAAGUCGCUUCCCAUCUCACCUCAAGUCGGUCACUUGGGAGAACAUCCUGGAGAUUCUGGAACAGUACAAGUUCAUGCCGUUCAGCAACAGGGAUCCCAUCAUGGCACAAUUCCCUUUGAUCCUUGCCAUCGAACCAAGGCUCCUUCCUGCCGCUGUCGAGAAUGGCUUCCGGAUGGAUUACAAGUACCGAGAUUUUGUAUUUCGGAAGAUGUUUGAGCGACACACAGGCGACACUCAGGCAGAAGAUGUGGCUAACAACAUUCGGGAACUGUGUCAACUAGACCCAACGAUGUUUGUUUCACGUACCGUGGCGGCCGAAGUGUGCAUGGAGGCCAAGUACAACGAUGUCGGAUAUGGUGCGCUCAAGCAAUUGGGCAAGACGGGUGACUUGCGAUUUGAGCUAAGAACCCUCGUAGAGGACCUCUUGAAAACCUUUUUGACCACACGUACCAUCGCACACAGUGGCACCGGAGAUAUUCUUCGACAGUUAUACUCCGAUUAUCCGUCUACGGACCCCAUCGUCCGUCUGGUUGUCAUAACCGCCAUCUUCAUCUCCGCCGAGAACUCUCGUCUCGGUGUACAGCAGGUCCAUGCGAACUUAGAGGCGACUGGGCUUACACCCUUAACCAGAAAAGACGCGUACAACGUCCUAAUAAACCCUUUCGUAGAAAAGUACACCACCGUAUUGGAUUAUGCCAGGGAGGAGAUCGGCACGAACGGAGAUGGGGGAAAAGGACUGGGCGAGGCAGAAGCCCGCGGGCUGGUGGAAGAUGUUGCUCGGAAAUGCCUACAAGUCGGCUGCAAGGGUAAACUCUUGAACAGACUGAUCGAGGGCUUCCCUCACCUCAAGGAUGUCCUAGUAAACGAGGUGGCGGAGCGACAUCAGAUUCGACUCGAGGAGGUGCCGUCAUGGGUUGGCCAGGGCUCUGUCGCAUACACUGCCAAAUUAAGCGGCGAUUACGCUCGGAAACGUUCAGGAGAAUCACCGUAUUGGGAUGAUUCGGAGGGCAAUGUCUUGACAAGGAAUGUAGAAAUGGGUAGCGACCAAGCCGGGAACGAUGUGGAUAGGGCGCCCCGCGAGGAGCCUCUUAUGUUGAGCGCCUCGGAACAUGAGGUUUUGUUAUCCGACCUGGGCGACAUAAGUCAGGAGUCUCUGACAAACAUGAUACGGCAGGAUGAGCUUGCUCCAACGCGGGCCCGCCGUCGCUGGUUUUACACCUUUGCGUAUCCAGAUUUCGGAAAAGCCAAUUAUCCUCAUGAUGCACUGCCAGUGGCGAAGUGCAUUUUGAACCAAUAUGGAACCCGAAGCAAAAUUGUAGCCAUUUUCCUCACUCAUGCUAUCAUCAACGAUAACACGCAGGUGUUAUUCUCGUACCUCAUGAGGACGCAGGAUUCAAGCUUCUCGUCCUUCAAAAUCGACCUGCAAGUGCCGGUCACGCUGAAACAUUUCCAAAUUCUUGCGCGGUUAGGACGGGCACCUAGUUACUGUAUUUAUCAUUGCAUUGAGGCAGGGGCUCCCUUUUACCUCGAUGAAGACGAUUACAUUUCCAAAAGCGAUCCCGCGAAGAGUUUGAUCAGCGCUCUGGGAGUUAAACACGAGCCUCCGAACCUGACUAUUCCGUCAUCGCCUUCAUCGAGCACAAGGCCACCUUCUCUCCGCGGACGAGAGCGGCUCCGACGACUGGCCACUACAAGCGUUCGUUCAUAUGCCGUCCCAGACUCGGAUGACGAUAUCAUUAUGGAUUCCGACGAUGGACUUGAACCGCGGCGUCGAAAGCAAGCUCCGAAGAAGAGCGACCUCCAGCUGUGGAUUCAGCACCUCGCCGAGCUGCAGAAAUCGGAGAACAAGAAGUUCAAGGAACAGAAGAAGAUUUAUGACGCAGCAGGUUGCGAAGGAACCACUGCGCGAUUCAGGAAGAACGCGUUCUUGAAAUCACUGUCCACCCAACUGCGCUCGUUGCGAAAGCUUGAUAUACAGACCCGAGAAAAGCAAGGGAUGCUCGGGGAAGACCUCGAAACUCUUGAUGAUGAAGAUGACGACGACGAAUACACAUUACGCCCGUCCAAGCGAAAGAAAACCUGCACGCAUCCACCGAUUUCUCUGGCUCUAUGA